GAGAGCCUGGAGCAUCCAGAGCUCAGCCUGCAUCCAUCAUGGAGCAAAGAAGCUUGUUGCUAAGUCUUCUCUUCCUUGGGGAUCAGCUGGGAUCCAGCCUGGCUUGUCAGCUGCCCUCUGACUGGAGGCCACUGAGCGAAGGGUGCCGAGCAGAGCUGGCGGCCACGAUUGUCUAUGCCAAAGUCUUAGCUCUGCACCAGGACAUGUACAGCAUGUACAACUAUUUGCCCUGGCAGUACGAAGCCAUGGACGGAGGGCUGUUUUACUCCGCGGAGAUCGAGAUGCUGUGUGAUCAAGCUUGGGGGAGCAUGUUGGAAGUGCCAGCAGGGUCCCGGUUGAACCUCACCGGACUGGGCUACUUCUCCUGCCACUCCCACACGGUCAUGCAAGAUUAUUCCUACUUCUUCUUCCUCAGAAUGGAUGAGAAUUAUAAUCUCCUUCCACACGGGGUAAAUUUCCAGGAUGCGAUAUUUCCGGACACGCAGGAAAACCGGCGGAUAUUUUCAAGCCUUUUCCAAUUUUCCAACUGCAGUCAAGGGCCCCACACUGCCAUGUUCUCCAGCGAUUGGGAGACGCAAGAAGACAACAGGCCAAGCAUUGCAGAAACGCAUCUGAAGAGUGUUUGUUGA